AUGGAGCAGGAGAACAACGCCCCCUCACGCCUCCCCCGCCUCGCAUCCCCCGCCGCCAAACACUCCGGCAUUCCCCUCCCCUCCCUCGCCUCCACCAUGGCCCCGCUCGCGUCCAGCAACAACGCAAACAAACGCAAGAUGCCAGAGUCGCCUAUGCGACCGCCCACGGGAAAGAGAUCGGUCUCUGGCUCGGGCGUAGGCAAGGCGCCUACUGGGGCCGCUGCCAGUGCCGGUCUCAGGACGAGUCAGAGGAAACCUUCAGGUGGAUUUGUACCGACCACGCAGAGAAAGCCGACGACUCUUACGCGACCUGCGACGUCUAUGGGAGUCUCUACAAGACGUGCAGUGGGAAGUACUGGCAGUUCUACCUCUGCUUCAUCCAGUACUGCUGGAAGGACUGCAGCAAAGCCCACGGCCGCGGCUGGCAGAGCGAGAUCGGGGUUGGCACCGCCGCCUACCGCAAGAAGACCUGUGGCGGCGAGCACUUCUGGGCCAUCAGCUCCGAAUCUCCGCGCGAACAGUGCCAUGGGGAGGAGUAUGGGGCCAUCCUCAAGGCUCACCAGGUCCAAUGCUGGCGCAGGACCAUCUAAGGACCAAGACGGCAGACUCGAAAAUGUUGAAAAGAUGGUGGGCGGAUUCCACGACCUUUUGGAGAAGGAGCAAGCCAAAAUCUCAAACCUUCAACUGUCUCAUGUUGAUCUCCAAACCCUCCUCCAGUCCACCCAAUCCACCGAACGCGCGGCUCGUCGCGAUCUCUCCACGGCCUCGGAAGAGCUCUCUUCCCUCCGCGCCGCCCAUGCACGUGAAGUGGACGAACUGGAGCGAACCAUCCUGCGCAAAGACCGAGAGAAGCGCGGGCUCGAGGAAGAGGUACGCGAUAGCCGAGAAGAGCUGAGCCGGGAGAGAGAUAGCGUCCGAACGUUCAAGGCGCAGCUUGCAGAGCAAUCGACCAAGCACCUUACGUUGGAGGCGCAACUGUCGGCCUCUCAGACACAGCUCACCAUCCUGCAAACCGAGGUUGAACGAGCGACCCUCGCCGUGAGCGCUAUGAAGGCUGAAUUACAAGUCGGCCAAGACAGGGCUCAAGCAGCAGAGCUUGCGGCCGAGCAAAAGGUCCGACAAGCAGAGGAAGAUAGAGAUAGGAGAAUAGGAGAGAUUGAGGAAGAGUUGAGGAAUGCAGAGACAAUCAGGAGAAAGCUGCACAACCAAGUGCAAGAGCUAAAGGGAAACAUCAGGGUGUUUGCGAGGGUCAGACCUGUGCUGGGCCACGAACUGCAAAACCCAGAAGGUAUCGCCGAUAUCGCGUACGGUGACGAACGUACUGCCCAAGAGACGGGCCAGAGCCAGAUUGUGGUCACCUCCAAAUCGGAGAGCGCUACGGGCAAGAACCGAGAACAGAUCAACCAAUUCACUUUUGACAAGAUCUUUUCGCCCAAAGCUGGACAGCAAGACGUGUUUGAAGAGAUUUCAAUGUUGGCGCAGUCUGUGCUGGACGGGUACAAUGUCUGUAUCUUUGCGUACGGGCAGACUGGUUCUGGAAAGUCCUGGACAAUGGAAGGCGGUCAGUCUGAAGAAGAGGCUGGUAUGAUCCCGAGAGCGAUAGACAUGAUUUUCAAGACUAGCGACUAUCUCAAGGACAGGGGGUGGAAGUAUCAAAUGGAGGGGCAGUACUUGGAAGUGUACAAUGAAGUGAUCAACGACUUGCUGGGGAGCGGUCAAUUUGACACCAAAAAACACGAGAUCAAGCUUGAUAAAGACGGCAAAAUCAGUGUUACUGAUGCUGUCAGCGUCCCAUUGAGCAAUCCCCUCCAAGUGCACAAUCUUCUUGCGCGGGCUCGAGGCCGUCGAGCGGUAGCAGCUACCCUCAUGAAUGAACGAUCAUCACGAUCCCACUCUGUAUUCACCCUCAAGGUCAAGGGCGUCAAUCCUCUCACCGACGAAAAAUGCGAGGCCAUGCUCAAUCUCGUCGACUUGGCUGGUUCGGAGCGCCUCGAGAAAUCUGGGGCGGGCGAAAACAAGGAUAGGUUGAAGGAGACGAUCAACAUCAACAAGUCUCUUUCUGCCCUGGCAGAUGUCAUUGGUGCUUUGGGACAGGGGCAACAAGGAGGACAUGUUCCAUACAGAAAUUCCACCUUGACACGGCUGCUUCAAACAAGUCUAUCGGGCUCGAGCAAGACCCUAAUGAUGUGCAACUUGUCACCUCUGGCUACGCAUUUGGGCGAGUCGCUGUGCAGUCUAAGAUUUGCGACUAAGGUCAACACGACCCAGGUUGGGCAGGCCAAGAAGGCCAUCUCUCGCUAG